UACUCUAUAUCACUAACUUGAAACAAACUGAGACACUUUGUCGCCUUCUACUCACUCACUGACUUAUUCGGAAAUGUUUUUAAUGUGACGCCUCAUUCUAACACACUAUUUUUAAUUUUUUUUAAAGCCUCAGGGAUUUCAGGCCUGGACAGUAAGAUGUAUCUCUCCUCCCUUCUCCUGUGCCUGAGCUUGGGAGCUCUUGUAAAAUGUGCCUCUGGGAGUGACUGGUGCUACACUGGCUGCCACGACACCCCGUCCCACUGGGGAGACAUUUCCGGUUCUUCUUGUGGAGAGAAAAGGCAGUCUCCUAUUGAUAUAGUCACCAGCCGUGUCGCGGUUGAUCACAACCUGCACAACUUUACCUUCGUCAACUUCACCUCUCAGCACGUCAUCAAGUCCAUCAUAAACAAUGGACACACAGUGAAGUGCAAAUUGGAGGAAAAUGAGGUUGAAGUGAAAGGAGGUGGGCUUAAUGACACCUACUCUACAAUUCAGUUUCACUUUCACUGGGGCGAUACAGAACAUCACCCAGGUUCGGAGCACAAGAUUGAUGGGCACAGAUACCCAAUGGAGAUGCACAUCGUCAGUCUGAAGAAAGGGCUUUCUGCGCAGCAGGCCGUGGAGGAUUCGGCAGGAAUUGCUGUUCUUGGGUUUCUAAUAAACGCGACAGAAGACGCGGAUAUCUCGGAACCAUGGCGCAUUCUCACGUCUUACCUAACAAACAAUACAGACACUGAGGUCAACAUAAACCAUGCCAUCUCCAUCGACGAGCUGAUUGGAAACGUAGACCGCACAAAGUUCUACCGCUACAUGGGCUCCCUGACCACCCCCAACUGCAGCGAAGCAGUUGUGUGGACGGUCUUUCAAGAGCCAAUCAACAUCCACAAAAAUCUGACUCAGCUGUUUCCUAUGAAGACGGGACUCACCAAUAUUUUUCGGCCUACGCAAGACCUUAAUAAACGACAAGUGUUUGCUUCGCCUGCAACUCCUUUACCCAGUCAUCCAUGGUGCUAUGACGAUCACUGCGAGAACAGUCCGACUCACUGGCACCUUCUGCCCCACUCCCACUGCGACGGCCAUCGCCAGUCACCCAUCAACAUCGAGACGAAGAGCGUCAAGGUGGACGAGCAUCUCGACGCCUUCACUUUUACAAAGUUUGGCGACAAACAUGCCAUCAAGACAAUUGUUAACACGGGACACACAGUGAAGUGUACUCUGAAGGAGGGUUCGGUGGAGGUCUCAGGGGGAGGUUUGGGAUACGUCUACUCGACCCUUCAGUUCCACUUCCAUUGGGGCUCCACGUCACAUGAGGGCUCAGAGCACACUGUGGAUUCCCACAGAUACCAAAUGGAGAUGCACAUAGUGAACAAGAGGAAGGAUUUAAACAUUGAUGCAGCAUUGCAGACUCCUAAUGGACUGGCAGUGCUGGGAUUCUUUAUUGAGGCUAUGGAUAUGACCAAAAGCGGUAGCGGUAGCGGCAGCGGCGGUUCAGACCAUCAUGAGACAAAUCCCACAUCUGAAAAUGACGCCUGGAACAAACUGAUCAAGUACCUUUCAGCUAUUCAAAACAUCCGCUCAGAAGUUAAAGUUACAGAGGAGAUCUCCAUUGAUGACUUGCUGGGCGACGUGAACCGAGCUGACUACUACCGCUACAAUGGCUCUUUAACCACUCCUUCAUGUAACGAAGCAGUGGUUUGGACAGUCUUCAAAGAGUCUAUCAAGGUGGACAAAAACGUGAUGAAUAUGUUCCCCACUAAGACAGCAUACCAUGACGUGUUUCGGCCGGCGCAGCCUCUUCAUAACAGGACCAUCUACAGCACCACGUCAGGAUCCCGUGCUCCUGGUCCCGCCAUACUCUUUCUCCUGCUGACAUGUCUCUGUGCCUUUUUCCUGUAAUUUGCAAGUGAAAGUGUCCUAAUUAGAACGACUGUGAAGAAUAAUGUGUAUUGCACUAAUAAUCUGUCUUGCACUGUAAAAUAAUUGGAAAGAGGUGUUUCACUGGUGAUUUUUAUUUAUGUACAUUUUUAGUGUGCAGUUACACAAUCUCAUAAACAAGAUAUUGGUAACCGUAGGCUGACGUAUAGCAAAUAUGAGGCUUAUUGAUGUCCAGGGUGUUGCUAGGCCCUCUAUCCAACGUGCAGCAUGUUUGUAUUUUGGACCGGUGGGUUAUCUUAAGAAAUUCAUAAUUUAUUUUGACUGCUCAGCCAUUGUUUGCUUUGCUUUAUCUAAACAUGUACAAUUUAAAACAAACUCAAAUACAUCUCAGAUGGCAUUUGUGUCAAUGCUAAACUGCAAAUUACAGCUGUUGGAUUCAACAGAACAGCAGAAAAGAAAUGAUUUAUCACUGCAGUGUGUUCUUUUGAGAGUGCAUUGUACAUCUUGUGCAUUUAAUCCAGGGGAAACCACCAAUACUAAAAAUAAAUGAUGUGUUGAAAAUGAA